ACUGCUACUGCUACUGCUACUGGUUCUCGGUCUCUGUUUUUCUGCUCCUGUCUCGGAAUCAGGACUCGUUGGAUGCUGCGCUGCUUUCCUGCUGCCGCCGCUGCUGGCAGUCAUUUCAUUUGAUUUUUAACUGCCAUCGACGGCAGUUACGACCGCUGGCAACGCGUUACCCAAGCUGUGCUUACAUUAUUUUAAAUAUUUUUUUAAGUGAAACGAGUUAUACAAAAAUAUAAUUAUCAAUUUUGUUAACAAAGCAGCUGAAGCAACAGCAGCAACAGCAACAGCAGCAACAGCAACAGCAGCAACAGCAACAGCAACAGCAACAGCAGCAACAGCAGCAACAGCAACAACAGCAGCAACCGCAGCAAUGAAGGACAGCAGCAACAGCAGCAGCAGCAACAUCUCGUCGAGCAACGCAGCAGGGAUGCCAUGCUCCACGGGUGGAGCAGUAGCUUCAGUGGGUGUAACCACCAGCACUGCCACGCCCAGUGCGCCCAGUACGCCCACAACAGCAGCAGCGGCGGCAGCAUCUGCUGCAGACCCAACCGCAACGCAUUCACAAAAUCCGCAGCAACGCAGCAAGAGCAACAUCCAUGAGCUGAGAAAUCAGGACUACGUCAGUCGUCUAAUGGCAGCCACACCGCCGUACUUGUAUUCCGCGCCCGUGGGACCAAAUAAUUUCUUUUUCAGCGACAUGCUGCGUUCCCUGGUGCAAGCGCGUAAUAAUGAGACGGCGCGUGUCUUGCAGCUGCAGCAGCAGCAACAGCAGCAGGCGCAGCAGCAACAACAGCAGCAGCAGCAGCAGCAACAUCAGGCUGCCUUGGUGCGGCGGCCAAGAAAACGCUCCUGGUCGCAUCGUCCAUACUACGAGCAAUUGCGGGAGCGACGCGAUGCCGAGGAGAAGCAGCAACAGCAACAUCAGCAGCAACAGCAGCAGCAGCAACAGCAGCAGCAACAUCAGCAGCAACUGCAGCAGCAACAUCAGCAACAAUUGGUUCCAGAGAAGCCGCUGGAGCUGACCAAUAAAGCCAUAGCAACCUAUGGCUAUGCCAAAAUGGAAACCAAGCCAGUUGGCUUGGCCAUAACACCACCAACGCCGGCGACGGCACCACCAAGCGCUGGCAGUAAGACUGCCUCAUUGGGCGGUGCAGUGGACAGUAGCCUGCAGGAUAAUGCACCGCCGGCGGCAUCGUUGCCGCCACAGGAUCUGGUGCUGCCGCCACCGCCACCGGUGUGGUAUCCACCGCUGUACGCGCCAUACGGCAUUGAUCCGCUGCACUUCUUCAUCGAUCUGCGCGUUUCGGGACACAUCUACGAUCGCAAGAAGGAGAAUGUCUCGCCGCUGUCGAGCAGCAACAAUGCCAUUGCCGAUGAGGGCUCAACCGGCUCGUGUGCCAGUUCGGGCGCCACUUCCGCUUCCGGUUUGGCCAGCAAUUUGCUAAGCAAACAGCGUCACGGUUCCGCCUUCACUGUGCCCAUACCCAAGGCGGCCCAAAACGAUGCCAUCAAUCUGUGCGCCAAUGCGGCAGGAUCAACUGCCGCCGGAGCUGGUGGUGCUGGUGGUGCUAGUGGUGGUGGUGCUGGUGCUGGUCACUUGACCACCAGCUCAUUGAGCUUGAACAAAUUCGAGCACUAUGCCAAGUACUAUGAUCUCGGCGAGACCAAGGAGAAUCAGCCAUCCAGCACGGCUGCUAAUCUUUCGGCAGCUGCUGCUGCAGCGGCCGCAGCUGCAAACUUCUCAAAAUCGGGCGCCAGUUAUAUGUUGCAACAUCUGCCACGCCUCUACAGUCAGUUUGCCGCCCACCAGGCGCAGGUGCAGAGCCAGGACACCGAUGCCAAGUCGGAAUCGGCAUCGGUAAGUGCCUCACUUUCGGCACCCGAUCUCUGCGAUGACGAUUCGCUGGGACGCAACUCCAGUGACACGGGCGCCGGUUUGGAGGGCACGAGCGGCAAUCAGGGCAAUUGUGGUGACAUCGAUGUGGAGAUCAUCGACUCCAUCAAGUAUCGCACGGAUGGCGAGAGCAGUCGUUGUUCCAGCAAUGACGAGGCCUCCAUCACGCAAAUCGAUUGAGGCUACCUUAAUUAAUACCUAAUUAUACCAAUAAAGUUAUUGUGUCCAUAA